CCCGGAAGUGAGACCUGAUGUAAACACCAGAGCCGGGCGUCAGGGCCCGGGAGGUCAGAAAACCGGGCCGCGGGCGGCACCGACGGCUGGGGUUGGAAUCGGGAACGUGCGGAGAUCAGUCCUGCUGGCUGCAGAAAGUGGCAGAGGAGGAGGAGGAGGAAGAAGAAAUCCACUGGGAACAGGAGUUCUAGGACUUGAAGGGCAAACCCCAGGACUCUUCCCAACCCUACCCCCAUCUGUGUCCAGGGAAGCAGUCCUGGACCAUGACUCAGCAGCCACUUCGAGGAGUGACCAGUCUGCGUUUCAACCAAGACCAAAGCUGCUUUUGCUGCGCCAUGGAGACAGGUGUGCGCAUCUACAAUGUGGAGCCAUUGAUGGAGAAGGGGCAUCUGGACCAUGAGCAGGUGGGCAGCAUGGGCCUGGUGGAAAUGCUGCACCGCUCCAACCUGCUGGCCCUGGUGGGUGGUGGUAGCAGCCCCAAGUUCUCAGAGAUCUCAGUGCUGAUCUGGGACGAUGCCCGGGAGGGCAAGGACUCCAAGGACAAGCUGGUGCUGGAGUUCACCUUCACCAAGCCAGUGCUGGCUGUGCGCAUGCGCCAUGACAAAAUUGUGAUCGUGCUGAGGAACCGCAUCUACGUGUAUUCCUUUCCCGACAACCCCCGAAAGCUGUUCGAGUUUGAUACCCGGGACAACCCCAAGGGGCUCUGUGACCUCUGCCCCAGCCUGGAGAAGCAACUGCUGGUGUUCCCAGGACACAAGUGUGGGAGUCUGCAACUUGUGGACCUGGCGAGCACAAAGCCUGGCACUUCAUCUGCUCCAUUUACGAUCAAUGCACAUCAGAGUGAAGUGGCCUGUGUGUCUCUGAACCAGCCAGGCACUGUAGUGGCCUCGGCCUCUCAGAAAGGCACCCUUAUUCGCCUCUUUGACACGCAAUCCAAGGAGAAACUGGUGGAAUUGCGCCGAGGCACUGACCCUGCCACUCUCUACUGCAUCAACUUCAGCCAUGACUCCUCCUUCCUCUGCGCUUCCAGUGAUAAGGGCACGGUCCAUAUCUUUGCUCUCAAAGAUACCCGCCUCAACCGUCGCUCCGCGCUGGCUCGUGUGGGCAAGGUGGGGCCUAUGAUUGGGCAGUACGUGGACUCUCAGUGGAGCCUGGCGAGCUUCACCGUGCCUGCCGAGUCAGCCUGCAUCUGCGCCUUCGGUCGCAAUACUUCCAAGAACGUCAACUCUGUCAUUGCUAUCUGCGUAGAUGGGACCUUCCACAAAUAUGUCUUCACUCCUGAUGGAAACUGCAACAGAGAGGCUUUCGAUGUGUACCUCGACAUCUGUGACGACGAUGACUUUUAAGGACCCUGUGGGUUGUGCGAGGGACCUGCAGUGGCAGAUUGCAAAGCCCUCAGGGGGUCAGGAGUACUGUGAAAGCUACCAGCCAGCGAGCAUUAGUGGGGCAGGUGCCCACCUUCCACUCGGCAGUGCAAGACAGCUCACUUCACCCAAGCACUUCUUGGUGACUGUGUGCCGGCAGGGCCAGACUAGGGAAGCAGGGAGGGAGCAGACCCCCUGGGGCUCCCAGCCUGGAGACGACUGCUAGGGACCCAGAGGGAGUGCCCUAAUUCAACCUGUGGGGAUUAAAAAACCUUCCCAGAAAGAGA